AAGAUUCCUACCGGUCAGUGGUAAGGCUUCAUUGGUCUUUCACUCUGCACUAAAGGGCAAAUUGCCUGUGUGUUAACACUUACUUCAGGGUGAAACUUUUCCACGAACGUCCUCCGGUUUGCUUGUUGUCCAGAAAAGCUUAAAGACUCACGCAGCCCAGCCAGGAGACGCCAAAUUGUCGUGAACAUUAGACAACACUCGCAGACUCGUCCUCUGAAGCAAGGUGUUAUGCCACGGCGAAUUCGCGGCUACAGCACCGACAAGAACUACACUUCCCGUCCACGCCUGCGCUCGAGUUCGAGCUGGACAUUGUAAGUUAUCACGGACUUCUCACACGAUGAUUUCCGCGUCUCCCUGCUGCUGCCCUGCCCACGCUUGUCUCCUCGCAAGACGGAGACGUGCAGGAAUCUGCUGGGUAUUCCAGUGAACCACAUCUUCCCUGUUAAAAACUACCAUGAGGAGAUGGACACAGACGAUGACAUGGAUGCUCUGAUUCUCAAAGCACUGGAUCAGAUCGUGAGCGUCGCCUGUGACGCACUGAGAAAAAAAAACAUCUCUGACCUCUGGUGAAAAAUCUGAAAAGUGAAAGUAGAAUAGGGUUCAAAAACUGAAGGUAUAAAAGUGGGGACUGGGGAAGCUGCUCUACCAGUCGACCCAGUCAGAAGCUCAUUGUUCAUCUGGAUUCAGUGAACUGAAUAAAAUGGGAGGGUCUGAGUCUACACCUCAACCACCUCCACAACCUGGACCACCUCCACGACCUCAAACACCUCCACCGCCUCCAGAAUUUGAUAAGCCAUGGAGGAUAAUGCCUUGGGGGAACAAACCCACUUUAGGAGAGAAACUGAAGGACUUUAAGCUCUGCAGUUCUGAUGUUAAGUUUGUCAGGCUUCUGAUCGUUGGUGAAGUUGGAGCAGGAAAGUCCAGCUUUAUAAAUUCAGUCAAUAAUGCUUUCCAAGAGCGAAUCACCAGUGGGGCUCUUGUUGAUGCAACAUCUGGAACCAGUUUCACAAAAAAUUACAAAACCCAUCAUAUCAAGGGGAAGGACGGCUCCCGUUUACCUUUUGUGUUCAAUGACAUCAUGGGACUUGAACCUGCCGAUGGACGAGGCGCACAUGUACAGGACAUCAUCACAGCCUUAAAGGGGUUUCUUGAGGAAGGAUAUAAAUUUAAUCCUGCUAAUCCCGCGUCUGAGAAGGACUCCAACUACAAAACAAAUCCCAAAGCUUCUGAUCAAACCUUCUGCCUGGUCAACGUUCUAUCUGCAAGCACAGUGUCACUCAUGAACCAAAAGCUUAUUAAAAAGAUGAAUCUGAUCCGUGAGGUGGCUACAGAGUAUAAUUUGCCUCAAGUUAUCAUCUUGACAAAAGUGGAUGAAAUCUGCCCUCUGGUUAAACAGGACCUAAGAAAGGUCUACACCAGCAAGAAGAUCAGAGAAAAGAUGCAGGUGUGUAGUAAUCUGCUGGGUAUUCCACUGAGCAACAUCUUCCCUGUGAAGAACUACCACGAGGAGGUGGACACGAACGAUGACGUGGAUGUUCUGAUCCUCAAGGCGCUCGAUCAGAUCGUGAAUCUCGCCAAUGAUGCUCUGGAAAACCAAAACCCUACAAGGUGUUAUGCCACGGCGAAUUCACGGCUACACCGCCGACAAGAACUACACUUCCCGUCCACGCCUGCGCUCGAGUUCGCCAGAGUACUGAGUGCGAACACCUGCGCUUCGCCCAAGGUUAUAUAAGACCUCCUUAACGACAGCUCGGUGUGAAGUAAACGCUCAGUAUCUUCAACACUGCCGUUCUACCAAGCCUUUGUUUACGUUUCGGAUUUCCCUGGUUCACGGAUUCCUUUCUCGUACCUGACCACGAUUCUCUGGAUUACCCCUUUCGGAUUGUUUACGCUACGUUGACUGAACAUGCCGACGAUUUCUGCGUUUCCCUGCUGCUGCCCUGCCCGCGCUUGUCUCCUCGCAAGGUAAUGUGACAGAUUACUUCGCCGUCUAUGGAGGCAGUGGGUAGCUCAGACUGGCAAAGCGCCUAGCAAAACCGCGCGAUAAAUGCACAGCAGGCUCAGGUAGUAGAAUUGACCCAGAGAUUGUAGCGCCUAGGCGCUUCCGGGGGGCAAACAGCGUUCCCCCCCGCUGCUAACGUCCAGUGGUACACUGUCCACCAUUACCCACUCUCCUGAAUGUCGAGCAAACCAUGAAGAGUAUAUCAUGCCCCCCUCCAGUGUUGUUGGCAGCAUAGAGUGGGUUCUAGAUCAGGCCUUAGCUCGCUUCCCCAAAUCAUGAGUCCGGACAGCCUGUCCUCCCGGGAGACAAUUCGUGCCCACACGCUACCGUUUGGAACUUGUCACCUGGGCCCAUACGACACUUGCAACAGGGCAUCCGGGAGCUCGUCGCACUUAUCGUGUCCUCAUGUUCCACCUGUGCUCAGUCGAAGGUGCCGCGGGCCCUAUCGGCCGGAAAUCUGGUACUGCUUCCCAUACCCGUACGCUCAUGGUCGCAUCUGGCUCUGGACUUCAUCACAAGGUAACAGUCUCAAGGUAACAGGGUGAUACUGGUGGUCGUGGAUUGGUUUUCCAAAUCGCUACACCUGAUUCCACUUCCUGAGCUUCCAUCGGCCUUUGCCACAGCCGAAUUACUGUUCCAACAUGUUUUCCGCUACUUUGGCAUCCCGGAGGAGAUUGUGAGUGACAGGGGGCCGCAAUUCUCAUCUCGAAUAUGGGCCAGUUUUAUGGAGAAAAUGGGAGUCACCGUUAACCUCACGUCCGGUUCUCACACCCAGGCCAACGGACAGGCAGAACGGGCUAAUCAGGAAGUCAUACGGUUACUUUUUUUUUUUUUUUUAAUGUCACCAGCACUACAAGUAUCUUUAAUUUUUUUUUUAAUGUAUGUACAAUUUAAACUUCUGCUAUGAGAUAUGGUAUGUUCCACGGGCAACAAUCCAGUAUCUACAAUUUAAUGUUAAUAUUAUUUACCCCACAGUGGUACUGAAUGCUCGAUUGGUCAGAAGGUAUUAAUGAAUCUUUUAUAACAGGAACUCUGACAGUAGUUCCAGACACAAGAUAAAACACAGGUUUAUAUUAAUGAGUCUCAAUCUAAUUCUUCACUAUUUCUAGAGUAACAACUUACAGAGUAACAAAAUACAGAGACUUUUACAUUUUUCCCUUGUGUUUUAUUUCUUUCAUAAUAUUUAUGGUCUUCAGCAUCAGUCAUUAUAUGUUUGUAUUUUUCUGCACUCUGGACUUUUUAUAUUCCAUUAAAUUAAUAAAUAUAAUGAUGUUUGGUCCUACUUCUUUUUUAAGAUUUAUACCAUUACACGAAACAUGUUUUGACAGAUACAAAUAACACAAACACGAGUAAUGUACAAUACUGUUUCAUAGUUCAUACAUAAAUAUGCAGGACUAAAACAUCCAAAGAACGAAUCCUCUUUCAUUAACUACCAAGGAACACUGACUAACUACUCUCUCAGUAAUUAGGGCUAGGCCUCGGGAAAUAAA